UGCACGUCGCGCUCGGCAGGGCCACCUGGGUCAGCGGCCAGCGGCUGUGGUGCCAGGUCGGCAUACGCAACGGCAGUCUCCGCAAGAUCAAAAACCUCAGCCUCGCACUCCUCCAAGACGUCCGCACCUUUGGCCCCAAGUCUGCGACGGACCAGCCAGUAGAGACGCACAGGAAAAAAGUGGCUGAAGAAGCGGUCGAGGGCGACUUCACGACCCAUGGCGCAGGACGGGUCACCGGCAAAGGGUGGUGGACCGGUGUCGAGCCGGGCGAAAGCGGCCAUUGGGAUAUGAGUAUCCAAGUUCCUACCGGAUUGCUAUCCAUCCGCCGGACCAAACUCGUCGACGUCUCCUACACACUCCGCGUCACGCUCAACAACUCCAUCUACGUCGAUCUCCCGGUGACGCUCAUCAGCUUCUUGUCGAUUGAUCCUCCGCCCAUGCCUGGCGGAGCGACCAGGGGUGUCCCGAUGGCAGAGUGGGCUGCAGUCCGGGGUACACCGGUGCCGGCGCCGCAUGAAGAAGAGGGAAAAAGUCGGCACACCCAGGAGACACCUAUCCCAGCCGCACGAGCAAGCAGUACAACCCUCCAUCCCGACCCAUCUCAACCGCUCGUCCAGCCGCCUCCACCUCUUCCCGCCUUUGAAUCCCACUCCCAAUGCGAGAGCGCGACCAGCACAUACACCUCGCCCUCCAAUGCCGCCUCUGCCACUUCCUUGCCCAACCUCUUUACCAUCCCCGCCUACUCCCGCGCCCAGGCCCACGCCCAAGCCCAAUCAAGCUCCCCACACCUCUCUGCCUUCUCCGGCUUCUCCCCCCGCCCGGAAACCUACGCUUACCCGGAAGACGACCCGCAGCUCGACAUUGACGACGAGAACCAGGACACCAUCUCCCGCGCACAAAAUCGCGCAAAGGGCAGACAGCGGAGUCUGAUGAUCAUCCGCGCGGAGAUGGAGAGGGACGACGAGGAGCGGAAAAUGUCUUUUGCUCAGGGAUGGGAUGCGGAUGCCCGGGGGGGUGCCCAAACCCAGGAGGGGACGAUGGAGGGGACGUACGAAACAGACGUCGACGUCGAGCGGACGCCCAUGCCGGAACCGUCUGCCUACUUGCCAAGGAUGGACACUGCGCCCGAGAGGGACAUGCCGGACGUGGAGAGGGGUAUCGAAGAGCUUUUGGAGAUGGAGGAAGAAGGGUGGGAUUUCGAUUCGGUUGAUGCACACCCUCCGUCUCACCAACCCUACCAGCCUUACACCGACCAGAACACCGAGAUGGAUCAAAACGUUGACCCCGAGCACCCACACCAGCACCAGCAAGACUAUGGGCAGGGACAAGAGCUGGAACUGCUGGACGAAGAGAGACGCGAAAUAGAACGAGUCAUCCCCCACCCUUCCCACGAGCUCAAAGCGGACGACGAACAGGACGAGCCCGACGAGCCCGACAGAGACGACGAAUCCCACGCUUGGGGUUACGAAGAUGAACUCGCCCUUCACUCCGAGGACGAAGGAGACAAGGGGGAUACACCGACAGCCACUCCCCGGCGUACCACACAUUCCCGUUCCCGAGCAUUAUCGUCCGUUGCGCCUGCGUCGCCUGUCGUGUCUGCCCCGCCUGCCCCGCCUGCUCUAGCCCCCGAGAUCAUCAUGGAGACCAAAGCCGAGAGCGAGAUCCAAGAAAAGACAGAGGUAGAUGAGGAAAGAGAAGAUCGACACGUCGAAACACAUCUCGACCCUGUCAAACGUCGUAUCUCCGUCCGACUCCCUCCCCAGCUCCUCCCCACUUUUUCUUCUUCCACCUCUAUCCCAUCCCCGUCCCCCGACUCCAUCUCCAGCGCCGCUCCAGCUGCGCAGCGAUCCCCUACGAAAUCACCAACCAAAACGAUUAUCCGAUCAGGCAGCGUCCCCUCCCUUUGCGCAAAAGUCAGUAGAGAAGCUCUGAACGAGAGGCUGGAAGGGGUUGUGAAAAAGUCUGGGAUCGUCUCGUCUUCAUCCAUGUCAGCGACAACGACAGCACCAACGACAGCGACGACGGGGAGGAGGGUGUCGGUGUUGAGUAAAAAAGAAUCGACGAGCUCGUUGGCGUCUGUUGCCGAAGUGAACAGCGGAGGGGGAGGAGCAAAAGUGGUACAGAAGAAGAAUUCGUUUUCGUUUGCGACACCUGGUUCACCACUCAAAGUCAAGAUCCCCCUCUCACCUGCGCCAAAUACCCAAUCGCCCAUCCCCUCACCGAGAAAGACGAGCCGUAAGCCAAGCCCCACCAAACCGAAUUCCAACCCCACCCCGAAACCACAGUCGAACCGCAACCGCAACCCAAGCCCGACCAAAUCCCCGCUCGUCUCUUCCAGACCCAUGGAACGAGCUCCUUCAGACACGUCUGCCAAAUCCCAAACGACAAACGGCGCGUCGCCGCACAACAGCCAACCGCCGCCGCUCGCCUCGCCACGCGCGUCAGACUCGGCAUCGUCGUCCGAGGGCAAAUGGUUGGAGAGCCCGCGUGGGGAAGAAGAGGCGCAGCAAUUGCAUUUCCUCGCGCCUGCAAGUGGUGGCGGUGGGUACCAGUCGUUCUCCCCGCUCAUCUCCCCCACAAGCCCGCAGGACGGUCUCGAGUGGGGGUUAAUGCAGCAGCAGCAGCAGCGGCAGGGGCAGGACCAGGACCAGGAGCAAGGUCUUGGUUCACCGUUUACUUUUCAUUCCCUUCGUCCUCCAACCGAUUCAGUCAUGUCCCGCCUCUCCCUCCCUCGUCCCCGCUCGCCCUUCUCUUCAGUCAGCGGUCACCACCACCACUACCACCACGACCCCAUGGCCAAACACGAUACCCUCCCAAUCCCAUUCGACGAAAUCUCGAUCCAUGCCUCCCCAUCUUCGACGCCUUCCUCGCCUUCAAGCUGCCAUAGUAUGCUGCCCAGCGUGAAAACCAAGAUUGCGCAGAUGGAGAGUAGGGAGGAAGCAUUGAGAAAGUUUAGUGUUUCGGGAUCGGCAAUGCUGUCGCCGCCGUUAAGGCUGUCGAAAACGGAUAGCGAGAGGCAAACGGUUGAGAGAAUGGAAGAGAUACGAGAAAAGGAAGGCGAGAGCGGAUGGAGGAAUGAUCGAGGGGAGGAGAGGAAGCCGCCCGUCAAACGGAAGAGUUACACCGCCGCCCUCGCUCCUCGAGCCAAUCGAACCGGAUCCAAAGCACCUCUCUCCGCACCGCGACCUUUUAUCCCUCGCCAAACGUCAACGUCUACCAUACACUCGACCCAAUCCAUAUCCUCCGGCUCCUCCUCCAACUCCAACUAUGACUACGACCCUAUCUACGCCCCCGAAUCAAACACAAGUACACCCAAGGUACCAAAACGCCUUCCUGCUUCACCCUCGGCGACGACACCGACCGCUAGUCCAAGAAACUCCCUCGUCCAUAACGGUCGUCUUCCAAUCUCCCCAGCGUCGACGAAAAGCACAACGACCUCAUACGGGGAUUUGAUGAGCACGCCAAAGCUCGAUCCGUUCGGACUGGGGUAUACAUCCGGUGGCAUGAACGGGGUGGGGCCUGGAAUGGGUAUGGCUCCGAUUGGAGGAGGAUUGCACAAGGUGGACGAAGAAGUAGGGCAUGAGGGAUUAUCGAGGGAGAGUUCAUACGAGGUCGGCGGAUACGAUUCCGGUCGAUGCGAAGCACGGGUUCGGAUGGAAUGAUUAGGGCGAGAAGAUACGGGGGGAUAUCAUGCGUUGUAAGGAGAGAUGGAGAAGAUUUUGAAACAAGUGCCGUAAUGUUCAAAUAUUGAGAUAUGGAAGCGCGAAAUAAUUAUAGAGUUAUACAAAAUGACUUAAAGGCGAUGUUUAAUGUUGUUGAUUGCUUGUGAAAAUGGACUUGGAGAG